UUAGGGUGUACUUAAACAUCGUCUUCGAAGAACACAACCCACCCAAAGUUUCUGGUACUUGCAAAUUUAUCGAAAGCCUGAUAAAUAGAAGAAAAUUGAGUGUUCAAACGACUCUCAAGCGUUUCAUUUGCUCCAGAAGGAGUAAUUAGUUGAAUGCUCGAAAAACCUAACUUUGCCAUGUUUUUUCGAGCGAAAUCAGCACGGUCUAUACUUUUGCUGAGCAUCAUUGCGAAAACUUUAUCAUUCAAAGGUUCCUUGUACACUAGGGUGGGUAGUAACUUGUAUGCACAUAACAAACACGAGCUAAGCAGCAAGACCGUGGCCAACAGAGUCGGAAUCUUGGCACUUGUAAGACUUGGAAGUGUUUUGGGAAAGAAGGGAGAGGAUGAUUCUCCCUUUAUGUAAACAACAAAUUGAAUUCUCCAAACGACCGGCAUGAACGUCCCUGGCAUCAUUGUUUUUUUCGAAAGAGCUCAUAUAUAGAUUUUAAAUGACUUUAUGUGAUACCUUUGACGUUCUUUUUGUUAGUGCGGGCUUAUCAGGGUCUGUGUCUGCGGAAAUUUUAAAACCACUGGAGAAAGAAACUCAAUAACCGAAUUUAUUACGAUGUUGUAGAUAACUUAGGCAGUUGUGGAAAUUAAAUAUGUUAUACUGUCAGUAAGGAGGUUUCGUAUCAUUUUCGAAGAUUUUCCUGGUGGAAAAAAUGUAAGCACGAAGGUUAAAGUCUCUUCUUUAAAUAUCUCGACAAUCAACUCUUUCUUUAUCACAAGCUUGAAAACUUCCGACGAAAUAAUAAAAUAGAGUCAGAUUAAAAAGUAAUUUCAUGAG